UCUGUAUCACUAAGGAUCUGCUGGGAGAAAGUGAUACAACCUGUCACUAGGAAUCUACUCUGUAUCACUAGGGAUCUGCUGGGAGAAAGUGAUACAACCUGUCACUAGGAAUCUGCUCUAUGAGCACAGGAAUAAAAAUACCAAUAAAGUCUACAGAGACAGAGUAAUGACUGAGAGUGUUUGGAGGAUGCUGGGUCAGUAAAGUUCUGAGGAGAGUGGGAUCUCAUCUGAUCACAUAAAUCUAUUGGGGAACAGGAAGGAUCUUACUCCACUAUAAAGGAUCUGCUUGGAGUAUUUAAUUUACUGCAACACCAGUGAUCCACCAGGAGAGAGGGAAAACAUCUCAUGAACUGGGGGGUGUCAGAUACCGCAUUCUCCACCCCCCCAGUCUUACUCCCUAAAUAAGGGGGGCUACAGCCACUUUGCGUGGAGGUCUAACUUGGGAGUACUUUGCACUUCAGGCUGAGUUCAAGGGCUGAGUUAAAGAUCUCUCUAUAGUUCCAUCAGGAGGCAGCCAGCUCCUGGUGUUUGGGCUACAGGAGGAGGCAGCCAGUUGUGUGUUUGGAAUCCGGCAGGAGGCAGACAAUUGAUGGUGUUUGGGCUCCAGAAGGAGCCAGCCAGUUCCUGGUGUUUGGACUACAACAAGAGGCAGACAAUUCCCGUUGUUUGGGUUCCUGGUAAUGGGCAGCCAGUUCCUGGUGUUUGGGCUCUAGGAGAAGUCAGCCAGUUCCUGGUGUUUGGGCUCUAGGAGAAGUCAGCCAGUUCCUGGUGUUUGGGCUCUAGGAAAAGGCAGCCAGUUCCUGGUGUAUGGGCUCUAGGAGAAGACAGCCAGUUCCUGGUGUUUGGGCUCUAGUAGAAGACAGCCAGUUCCUGGUGUUUGGGCUCCAGGAGAAGCCUGGCUGUGUGAUCUGGAUGCUGAAAGGGAGCGAGCUCUGAGGCUGGGCUGGCCAGGCUGGGGGGCUCUGGUGCCGGCUGCUGAUGAAGGAUCUCCCCUGAAUUAUGGAGGUUUUCUGGCUCCUCUUCCUCUCUCUCAUCCCCAGACACAGCAGGGGGCAAGGAGUGUACGCUCAGCCACAGGCUCAGAUAAUCCACGCUGGGCAGGCGUGCGUUGUCAAAGAAGAUAACAUCAGCGAGAGAAUAUACACCAUUCGAGAAGGUGACAUCAUGGUACUACAAUGUCUUGUUACCGGUCACCCUCGACCUCAGGUGAGAUGGACAAAAACAGCGGGCAGCGCAUCAGAGAAGUUCCAGGAGACAUCGAUUUACAACGAGACCCUGCGCAUCGAGAAGGUCCAGAGAAUGCAGGGAGGUCGAUACUAUUGUAAAGCCGAAAAUGGGGUUGGGGUCCCGGCCAUCAAGUCCAUUCGAGUAGAUGUGCAGUAUCUAGAUGAACCAAUUCUCACCAUCCAUCAGACCAUUAGUGAUGUGCGAGGUAGUUUCUACCAGGAGAAGACCGUGUUCCUUCGUUGUACCGUCAGCUCCAAUCCACCGGCUCGGUUCAUAUGGAAACGGGGAAAUGAGAUUCUUUCCCACAACCAAGACAAUGGUGUGGAUAUUUACGAACCUCUCUAUACACAGGGUGAAACCAAAGUACUGAAAUUAAAGAACUUACGACCUCAGGAUUUCGCCAAUUACACGUGUCAAGUGUCUGUGCGGAAUGUCUGCGGGAUCCGUGACAAAUCCAUCACGUUCCGCCUCACUAACCGAACCGGAGCAACUUGGCGGGGGCGAGCAAGAAGGGACAAAUUGAUCUCUAGAAGCAAGAAAUCGAUCCAGUCUCCCUUAUGGAUCAGUGCAGAGGCCGCUCCGCCAUCAAUAAAGACUUCUGUCAACGAGACACUGGUGGUAAAUCCUGGAGAUGAUGUCACUAUGCAGUGCUCACUCACCGGAGGUGAUCCCACCCCUCAAGUGGUUUGGUCCCAUUCCCCUAAUCCCAUGCCAUCAAGUAGCAUCCUUCAAGGUGGGAACCUAACCAUCCGUAAAAUUCGUCCUGAAGACUCUGGCUACUAUAAUUGCACCGCCAUUAACAAUGUGGGAAAUCCAGCUAAGAAAACCAUCAACGUCCUAGUGAGAUCCAUGAAAAACAUCACGUUUCAAAUCACUCCUGAUGUGAUCAAGGAGAGUGAGACCAUCCAGUUGGGGCAGGAUUUGAAGCUAUCGUGUCAUGUCGAUGCUGUCCCACAGGAGAAGGUGGUAUACACAUGGUAUAAGAAUCAGCAGCCUGUCAGACCUUCCAGAAAUAUUAUCAUCACCAGGAAUGACCCCGAUCUUCCGCCUAUCACCAGCAGUUUGGAGAUGAUUGAACUGCGAUUUACAGAUUAUGGAACCUACAUGUGUGAGGCUUCAUUCCCAGAGCUACCAAACCAAAAACUGAGCAUAGAGGUCAAUAUCUCUGCUGAGACAGUUCCACCAACACUAAGUGUUCCCAGGGGACAAUCGGUAAUCACAGUGAGAGAAGGCUCGCGGGCAGAGCUUCAGUGUGAAGUCAGAGGAAAGCCAAGGCCACCCAUCUUAUGGACUCGAGUGGACAAGGAAGGGCCACUACCUUCAGGAGACAUGGUGGUGGAGACGAUUGAUGGGAAACUAAAAUUGGACAAUGUGUCCCGAGAUAUGAGUGGAACAUACAAAUGUCAGACAGCUAGAUACAAUGGAUUUAACAUCCGGACCAGAGAAGCUUUGGUGCAAUUAAGUGUGCAAUUUGCCCCUGUAGUGGAACCUAAGUUUCAGGACAUGCGACAGGCGAUGUCGACCAAUUUUACCAUGAGGUGUAACAUGCUGAAAGGGAGUCCUGUGAAGGUGGCAACAGCCGUGUGGAGAUUCAAUCGAAACCUGGUUGCUGAACCAUCUUUAGACCAGCAAGAAUACUCCGAGCUGAAGAUUAACAGCCUGACCCAAGACACCAGUGGGACGUACGAGUGUAGCAUCUCUAAUGACGUGGGAUCCGACUCGUGCAUUUUUCAGGUGACUGGAAAAGCUUACAGCCCAGAGUUCUACUUCGAUACGCCUAGCCCAAUAAAAAGCUACAAGCAAUUCAAUAACUACUCCUACCUGAUUCAAUGGACGCAGAAAGAGCCGGAUGCUGUGGAUCCUAUAUUAAAAUACAAACUGGAAGUCCGCGAGAAAAAUCCAAGAAGUGCAUUCAGCAAAAUGAUCCAAGCCCAGAGCAAUGAGAAAGGGUUUCUUCAGGAAUAUCUCAUCACCGGUCUCAGGAUCCAGCAGAGUUACGAGGUCCAGCUCACUCCCAUCACCGUCUUUGGAGUAGGGGAUUCUGCAUCGCGGAUCAUCAAAUACACAGAACCUAUCAGUUAUCCCAAUCCGUCUGAUAAUACGUGUCACUUCGAAGAUGAGAAAAUCUGUGGCUUUGUACAGGAUGACAAUGAUAGCUUUAAUUGGACCCGACAGAGUUUGCUGAGUGAAAGUCCCAAGAGAACUGUUAACACCGGCCCUAAGAUGGAUUACAGUAACAGACGUGAAGGAUAUUACAUGUUUAUUGAAGCUUCCAGACCACGCGAAAAAGGAGACAAAGCAAGACUCAUCAGCCCGUUAUACAAUGUAACAACGAAGUCUCAGUAUCGGAAAGCACGUUACUGUGUAGCAUUUGCCUUCCACAUGUAUGGGAGACACAUAGGUACCCUGAACUUACUGGUCCGUGUGAAGAAUAUCGGUGUAAGGGAGUCUCUGGUGUGGUCUCUCACUGGUGAACGCGGAAACAAAUGGCAGCGGGCGAAUGUUCCCAUUGACCCAUCAGGACCUUUCCAAGUGGUGUUUGAAGGAGUAAGGGGUCAGGGCGUUGAAGGAGACAUUGCAAUUGAUGAUGUCAGUGUGAAGAAAGGAGAUUGCCCGAGGAAGGAAAUUGCUCCAACAAAAGGAAAAGAAGGAAAGGCUCCUAGAAAUGCGGCUUCUGGAUUAUUAGCUGGAUCUUGUUACUGGCCAACGUCUUUCCUCCUCUUUAUGCUGCUUAGAUGAUAAGAAGCUACUGCUGCUGCUGGUUAAUAACUAAGGCUCCCCUACCUUGCGCUCUUUCUUCCUCGUCCCUCACCUCCUCCCACGCCGGCACACCAAAGUGUCCAGAAGUAACCAAAGACCGACAACAAUGACCAACUGAAGGGCCUACAAAAAUGGACUUGGAGGUUCCCUUCUGAGAAGGUCAUCGUGUCUACAAUACAUCAGAGGAGAGAGAUAGACAAGGAAAGGAAUCGGAUAUCAGGAGGAGAAAUGGCAGAACAAAAGAGAGAGGAAACAUGAGGAAAAGAAAAUUCAAAGACUAUUACCUGGAAAAUAAACAAACAAACAAACAAAUUACAGACUCAUUGCCCACUUAUGAAGUGUGGCAAAAAAAAUAUUAAACAAAUAAACAGCAAAGAACAAACUCUGGUGAAACAUAAGCACAAAUUUCUAUCUGAACUGUACUGUGGCGGUUAUGGCUGGGAGAAUGUCCAUCUGCUCUGGAGAUACUCAGGGUGGAGCAUCAUGUAGUGGAAGUUCCACCUUCUGUUUCCUGAUUUCCUAAGUAGAUCCCUUGUGUGCUGCUCAGUCUCAUGUACACUCAUAUAUACUCAUGACAGCUGCAUGUGCUUCCGUUCCCCAUGCCCACAUAGCCAUGACAUCAUAUACGCCAUUGUUCAUGGACUUCCUACUAUUUCUACCAAAAGGAGAAUCAGCUUGACUUCAGUACUUGGCAACAGAGAGUUAUAAAAUGAGUGGGCAACCUUCACCCUUAUACUGCUAUUGGGUUACAACGUUUGAUACCCUCAGCCAGCCAAAGGAGGCAGAUUGCCCAAAUCAUGCUUAUAGAGUUAAGAAAAGAGAAGAUUAGAAAAAUAAUAUUGCUUUAUUCUAAGCAGAUUUUAUUAUUCAUCACCCUCAUAGGUCUUCCCAUUUACUGCGUUUAAGUUAAUGCCCACUAUGUACUGCUAUGGGUUGGUAAAAACAUGGUGAAACUGUUUAAUAUCCUAAAGACCGAUAUUGCGAUGGCUGCAUGAUAAUAUGAUUUAGUUCUCUAUUCCACUCAAUAUAUUAUUAUAUAUUUCUCUAGAGGGUAUGGAGCCCUACAGUUCAUCACAAUUUCAGGGAUUUGUCCACAAUGUUUUAGUCCUGCAAUGUCUACAUUUAACAGCUCUGAGAUAUCAACAAGGGAAGUCACAAAACAUUACCAGAUCAAUGUCAUAAUUAUUAAAACACAAUAUUAAAUAAUACAGAAGCCUUUUUGUAUGAGUGUUUCCACCAUCUCAGGUAAUCAAGGAAAGGUUGACAAUGCAUACAUUCAUGGUCCUCCUAUUUCAGAUCUUCUGAUUUUUAAGGAACUUUUAAGCGUUAUCAUUUAUCAAUGGGCAGUUCAUGGUAAUAUCUAAUCGUACAGGUUUACAAAACUUUAGUUUUCAUUGGUGGUUCAAAAUGUAUCUUUGUCUGUCAACAUUCAGGGUUCUUACAAAGGGUAGCAGGAAGAAGGUACUGAUGUAGUUCGGUUGACUACUUGGGUUGAAUUGUUCUAAGGUCAGAGUUGGUGAACACCAAAGAUUUACCAUCAAGCAUGGCAGGAUAACUGGUGGCAGAACGUGAACUGAGGUGCAGUACUUCUGAGACCUAUUUAGAUCCACUGAAGAAUUAGGCGCAGCUGUACUAAGGUUCACACAAGAGAAAUUCAAAUAUGUAUCAUCAAACUUGUAAAGCACUUAGCAUGGUACAGGUGCCAUGGAACCAUUGUAGACGCUCUGAGUUAGUUUAACCUUGGCGCAGAUCCAGAAGAAUUUAUUCCCUUCAGAACAUUGUUGUUUUUUUAUGUUUUAAUCAUCCAAAUGCUCAUUUUAUACAAAACAUGUCAAUACUGUGUCACUUGGUUUGUAAACCUCAUUCCCAUAGACACCAUAGUCAUUUAGUAAUAUGUCCCAAAAUGGAAUUGAGAGAAGAUGGGACACUUGUUCACGGACUGUUGGCAGACACUAAUUAUUAUUAUUUUUAAUUAUUAGGUCCGUUGGUGUGCCUUCUUUUUUGGUAUAUUAGUUGGGUUUUAACAGAAAAUUAUCUUUUUUGCUGCAUUGCCCAGUUUACAGAAAUAUACAUUAAAUGUGUAUGAACUGCCGCAGUGCUGGUCCCGUUACAGACCUGGGGGAACGGAUCGGAGCUGAAGCCUUAAUUCCAUGUCAUUUGUUCCUCAUAAAGAUAUGCUCAAUACAUUAUAUAUAUUCUGCAUCAAAGUCUAUAG